AGUCGCACACUCAUCCCGCCAAAAAAAAGGACUACAAAUAUUUACCAGCUGACCCGGAGUAUUCCUUGAAGGACGAAAUGUGGAGGCUGAUGCUCGGAUCUCGCUCGUUAUCUUCUCGAUCACCUCUCCAUCAGCCCGCAGGAAAGCCACUGAGGUCCUACAACUACGACAUCGAUCUCAACGGGCGAGUUUAUCUGUCUGAAGUCCGCUCACGAAACUUCACGAAUUGCUAUAGAGAUGUAACUUUUUUAAAUAUCUUAUUCAAAAAGUUGAGGAAGAAUCAAGUCGAAUCCGAUUCUCGUGACGAUCAGUCUAUCGAUCCAGAAGAAAUUCGACUGAGUCAAGAGAAUUUCAAAAAUGGGUUUCGAUGGGUCAGUAAGUGUCAAGGAGAAAUCAACUACAUUAGGUCAAGUAGUACUCCGAUCGUCUAUAAGACAUUGGAUUGUUCAAGCAACGAAUUGAUGUAUGGUGGAUCAUUGAAGAGGACCUUUGAGCCGAGUCGGUUGAAGAUCGAUCGAUCGACUGGAUGGCUAUUUCAUCCCUCCCCAUCCGAGAAAAAUAAUGGUCGUUAUUCUCUGCUGUCGAGUUCGAUCUUAUUUGAUUCGCUACAAGACUCUAUUGACUUAGAGGCUGGUUGGAUUAAAUGGGAGCAGGACAAGUUCCCUAUCUUACCCUUAGAUUCAGAUGAUCUUAGAUGAAACUCUGGUGCUUGUUCAUUUGUUCAAAAUAGUUGUAAAUAUAUAUUCAUCCUAACCAAAG